AUGCCUUUGAACGGGGUGGUGAAGCCCGUCUUCCUGCGACCGGACGGGAGCAAGGCAGGCUGCAAGGGGGCCGAGGAUGAAUCCAACACGCUCACCAGCGCUGCCCCCCAGCAGAGCGGUGGCUGCCGCAGCCCCUCCCCCGGACACCCCUCUUCCUCCUCCUCCUCUUCCUCUGGCAGGGCCUGCGAGAAGCCUGAGUCCCCAGGGGUGCACAGGAAGAGGGCCUCGCCCGUGCCAUUUGUUGUUGUUGAGGAGACUAAUCGCCGUGUCAACAAGGUCAUGAGGGCCCGCCUCUACCUACUGCAGCAGAUAGGCCCCAACUCCUUCCUGAUUGGAGGAGACAGCCCUGACAACAAAUACAGGGUGUUCAUUGGCCCACAGACCUGUAGCUGUGGCCGAGGGGCAUUCUGUAUCCACGUCCUCUUCGUCAUGCUCCGAGUCUUCCAGCUGGAGCCCUCAGACCCAAUGCUCUGGAGGAAAAGCCUAAAAAACUUUGAGGUGGAGAGCUUGUUCCAGAAGUAUCACAAUCGCCGCAGUUCGCGCAUCAAGGCGCCAUCGCGCAAUACCAUCCAGAUGUUUGUGUUGCGCAUGUCUAACCCCCACACGUCCUGUCCAUCCAGCACCUCCAGCGCCUCCAGCAAUGGGAGCAGUCUGAAGGAGGAGGAGGAGCAGAUGUGUCCUAUCUGUCUGUUGGACAUGCUGGAUGAGGAGAGUCUGACUGUGUGUGAGGAGGGCUGCAGGAACAAACUGCACCACCACUGCAUGUCCAUUUGGGCUGAGGAAUGCCGGCAGAACCACGAGACGCUCAUUUGCCCCCUCUGUAGAGCCAAGUGGAAGUCCCAUGGUUUUUACAGCCAUGACCCCUCUGUCUCCAUUGAGAACGCGGCAGCGGUGGGUCAUCCCCAGGCGUCAUCAUCGUCCCACAGCGAGGGGGAUUCCAGAGGCUGGUCACCGUCCCAGGAUGGGGACUUCACCCUGCCCCAAUUCGGGGUCCAGCAGGUCCCCCAGACCUACAAAGAACUGGUCAAACCCUGGAUCAAGGUGUUUGGCAUGGAGUUGGUGGGCUGCCUGUUCUCCAGGAACUGGAACAUCCGGGAGAUGGCCCUGCGGCGGCUGUUGCACGACGUCAGCAGCGCGCUCCUCCUGGCCAAUGGUGAGCACUCCUGCCCGGGGGCCGGGCUGGGGGCCGGGGCGGGCUGUACAGAGGUGUCAGGUGAUGUGGUGUUGGAGUCAUGCUGCAAUGUCCUCUCCAUGGUGUGUGCCGACCCUGUCUACAAGGUCUACGUGGCCGCACUGAAAACCUUGCGGGCCAUGCUGGUGUACACGCCCUGCCACUCGGUGUCUGAGUGCUCACGGCUGCAGCAGCUGCUCCGGCCCGUGGUGGAGACUAUCCUUGUCAAAUGUGCCGACGCCAACAGUCAUACCAGCCAGCUGUCAGUGUCAACACUACUGGAGCUGUGUAAAGCCCAGGUGGGAGAGCUGGCCGUGGGCAGAGAGAUCCUCAAAGCAGGGUCCAUCGGUAUUGGCGGGGUGGACUAUGUCCUGAACUGCAUCCUGGGGCCCCAGAUGGAGGCCAAUAACUGGCAGGCCCUGCUGGGCCGCCUUUGUCUGAUUGACAGGCUCCUGCUAGAGUUCCCUGCUGAGUUCUACCCCCACGUAGUUUCCGGAGGGGACUGCCGCCAGUCUCAGACCCUGGGGGAGAGGUAUCAGAAGCUGCUUCCCUUGCUGAGCUUCACGCUGCAGUCCACCGACAACUCCCACUCCAUGGUGGGUAAGCUGUCUCGCCGCGUUUUCCUGAGCGCCGCACGCAUGGUGGCCCGCGUGCCGCAUGUCUUCGUCAAACUCCUGGACAUGCUUAGCAUCAUCAGCUCCACGCACUACGCCCGCAUGCGCCGCUGCUUGCUCGCCAUCGCCGAGGAGAUGGACAUCCUGGACGCCAUCAACCUGGGCCUGGAGAUCAUGGACUACAGCACCAGUGAGGCACAUGAACUGGUCAGCGCCGCCUUCCUGGAGCCCUCCGCACCUCAGAACUCGCCCAACAUGACCGAGAGCAACACACCAACGCAUACGAUUCAGCUAGCCAGUGGAAAGGGAGUGAGAGGUUGCUUUGGCAAGGUGGGAGCAAGUCCUGAGGAUAUUACUGAGAGGUUAGCGGCCAUUUCAACUAGCACCUGGCAUCCCGAUAUGGCAGCUUCCGCGUGCAGUGGGGCCCAGGCCGGGCACCCAAAGCUUCCUGUUCGGGCACGUAACUGCCCCCUCAGCCAGUUUCUGAACUCCUCCUCUUCCAGCCAAGCCCCUAGCCUCCCCUCACCCUCCACCUCCUUCCCGGGCCCUGACAGCAAUCCCAAACCCCGACCCCAGAGUUUCGUCCCCAGCAAGCUGGCAUCUUCUGCCUCCUCCUGCUCCCCUGGCGCCCAGUGCAUGUUCCACCAGCAGAAGCCCUGUAGCAGCAAGGACCCUGAGAAGCAGCUCCCCUCCACCUGCUUCACCCAGGCGCAACACGUCCCCUCCAGCCAGAUCCACAGACCAAAGCCCUCCCGAUCCACCACCCCCGAGUUGCCCAAGGUCCUCUGCACCCCAUCCACACCAAGAGUCUCUAAGAGCAGCUUGAAGCUGGACCUCCAGGGGGAGUCAACCAGCCUUUCUACUAGCACCUCCGGAGGCGAAGGCCUCUCCACAGAGGGCCACAUGGAGGGAGCCACCACCCUUAUCACCAGCGAGGACAGCUGCUUCACCCCCAUGGAGGAGAAGUUAUGCGGCUUGAACGCCUCAGCCGAGCUCAAUUCCUCCAUGGAAGACCUCCUGGAAACCUCAAUAUCGGUAGCCGGCGAUGCCACCACCAUCACCUUCCAGUCGGAGGUGGCCGUGCUAUCGCCAGAGCAAGUCGGGGACAUGCCAGGGGGAGGGGGGGCUGUGGGGACGUACAGUGAGGAUGUGACGCAGCACCAGAAGUGCAAGGAGAAGAUGGAGGAGGAAGAGGCGCUGGCCGUGGUCAUGGCCAUGUCGGAGUCACAGGAUGCGCUGCCCGUCAUCCCCCAGCUACAGGUGGACAAGGACCAGGACUGCAUCAUCGUCCAGGCAGAUAACCCAGAGACUCUGCCUGGCCUUACCAAAGCAAAGCAGCCCUACAGGGAGGGCCACGAAUGGCUGAAGGGCCAGCAGAUUGGCUUGGGGGCCUUCUCCUCCUGCUACCAGGCCCAGGACGUGGGCACUGGCACCCUGCUGGCAGUCAAACAGGUGACGUAUGUGAGGAACACAUCGUCGGAGCAGGAGGAGGUGGUGGAGGCUCUGAGGGAGGAGAUCCGGAUGAUUGCCCACCUCAACCACCCCAACAUAAUCCGCAUGAUGGGGGCCACCUGCGAGAAGAGCAACUACAACCUGAUGGUAGAGUGGAUGGCAGGUGGGAGUGUGUCCCAUCUCCUGAACAAGUACGGGGCCUUCAAGGAGGCUGUGAUCAUCAACUACACGGAGCAGCUGCUCCGAGGCCUGGCCUACCUCCAUGAGAAUCAGAUCAUCCACAGAGACAUCAAAGGUGCCAACCUGCUGAUUGACAGCACAGGUCAGAGGCUACGUAUAGCCGACUUCGGGGCUGCUGCCAGACUGGCCUCUAAGGGCACUGGAGCAGGGGAGUUCCAAGGCCAACUCCUGGGAACCAUCGCCUUCAUGGCCCCCGAGGUGCUACGUGGACAGCAGUACGGCCGGAGCUGUGAUGUGUGGAGUGUGGGCUGUGCCAUCAUUGAGAUGUCGUGUGCCAAGCCCCCCUGGAACGCUGAAAAACACUCCAACCAUCUGGCCCUCAUAUUCAAGAUUGCGAGUGCCACCUGUGCACCCUCCAUCCCUCCCCAGCUGACCGCGGGCCUGAGGGAUGUCACCCUGUGCUGCCUGGAGCUGCAGCCCACGGACCGCCCCCCCUCCAGGGAACUCCUCAAGCACCCCAUCUUCCGUCUCAACUGGUAGUCCCCAACAUCCUCCCCCAGUCCCCUACCCUCCCUAUCCCAAAGCGUCCGCACGGAAAUACUACUGAAGGCCGAGCCAAGCCUGCUUUCUCUCCUCCUUUAAACGCUGCCAAUCAGAAUAACCUCCCUAACCGCUACCAUUACCACCUUCCUUGCACCCCAGACCUUUCCCAGUCAUGAGUGGAGGGCCUGGAAUGGACAGUAGUAUCUGGGCUCUCCUCUCUCCCUCCCUUCUACUGUGGCCUCAAACUGCUGUAUCUUAGCACAAAAUGCAAAAAGCAAGUCGCAAAAUUUCUCCUACGAAAAUGGUGCAUUCUUAGUCAGAGGGCCAUGUUGGUAUACUGUAGUCUGUAUUGCUCUUCAAGGCUUUGUUCUGUUAAUGAAAUGGCUCCUUAAAACCUCUUGGGGAUAGAAUCCCACUGACGGGAUUGCUAGCAUGGCGGGAAAUUCAAAACAGCAAAAUUCUAAUAAUUUCAAUUUCUCAAACAAUCAACUAUUUUACACCAUUUAAAAGAUAAACAUCUCCUUAAUCGAACCACAUUGUCCGAUUUCAAAGAGGCUUUACGGCGAAAGCAUAAAGUUAGAUUAUGUUAGGCGAGUACAUAGCCAAAAAAGUACACACAUCCAUUUUC